AUGCCUCUGCACCACUUGAUGAUCGGAACCUGGACACCUCCUGGUGCCAUAUUCACGGUCCAGUUCGACGAUGAGGCGCUGGAGCUAAAGCUGGUGAAGAGAACCGAGAUCCCUCAUGAUGAGCCAAUAUCGUGGAUGGCAUUUGAUCAUUCGAAGAAGAAUUUGUACGGUUCGGCCAUGAAGAAGUGGUCCAGUUUCGCCGUCAAGAGCCCGACAGAGAUUUUGCACGAAGCAUCUCACCCCAUGGGAGGCGACCCUGAGGCAAACUCCGCUGCGACCAACACCCGUGCCAUCUUCCUGCUGCCCGCCAAGAAGCCGCCAUACGCCGUGUACUGCAAUCCAUUCUACAAACAUGCAGGCUUUGGGAAUGUCUUCACCGUGGGGCCAUCCGGCCGUCUUGCCGAGAACAUACAGAACUACGAGUACCAACCGGGCACGGGUAUUCACGGGAUGGUCUUUGACCCGACUGAGACGUACCUGUACUCGGCCGACUUGUCCGCCAACAAGUUGUGGGUGCAUCGUAAAAUGGCUGGCGCAGCUCAGUCGACCCAGGCCGGCGACGACGGCCAAGUCGAGCUCGUGGGCAGUGUCGAUGCCCCUGCGCCUGGCGAUCAUCCCCGCUGGGUGGCCAUGCAUCCCUCGGGCCAGUACCUAUACGCGCUCAUGGAGGCGGGCAACCGACUGUGCGAGUACGUCAUUGACCCGCAGUCGCACAUGCCCGUGUACACGCAUCACUCGUUCCCCCUGAUCCCUCCAGGCAUCGAGAAGUACGACCGUGCCACGGGCAAGGGCUUGUACAGGAGCGACGUGUGUACGCUCGAUCGCACAGGCCGUUACCUUUUCGCAACUGCAAGGGCCAAUAGUUUUGACCUAACAGGGUACAUUGCGGCCUUUCGCUUGCGCGACUGCGGCAGCAUCGAAACGCAACUCUGCCUCAACCCGACGCCGACGAGCGGUGGCCACUCCAAUGCCGUGGCGCCGUGCGACUUCUCCGACGAGUGGCUUGCACUAACGGACGACCAGGAGGGCUGGGUGGAAAUGUACCGUUGGAAGGAUGAACAUCUUGCGCGUGUGGUGCGCGUGCGGAUCCCUGAGCCGGGAUUCGGCAUGAACGCCAUCUGGUAUGAUUAA